UUGUACAGCGCCUGUGUAAUACCACAGUGCGGCUCGUCGCCUUAGAGAUGUCUUUUGGAACAUGUGUCCAUGGUCCGUGCACGUAAUCUCUCCAGCCGUAUCUACAUAAGGAUUCGUCAUUCUCUUUACUACAACUCCAACAAACGCCGCACACCCUAGAAGUGUCAAUUCGAGUCCCUGGAGUAGAAGAUCAUCUUGCUUGAGAAGAAAUACGCCUCGUUGGCCUUCUGCCUCGAAAUGAAAGUGCCAGUCAUCUCGCUCAAACCACAGUGCAGAUGACCUUCCCGCGCGAUGAAUGCGAAUCUCGGUAGUGACGGGAUGUCUUCGGCCAUGGAAACCCUAGGCGAAACCUCGUCGUCCGAAGCAGAGCCUAAGCUCUUGGAACCUGAUCCGGAUCCAGGCACAACUGAUGACGGCGACGCGGCCGAAACUCGACCUCUCAUCAUCUGUUUCCACGGCUCAGGCGAGUCGUGCUCGCCGUCGUGGGACGCACUAGCACACACGCUAACCACUAUACCUCACCGCCUACGUGUCCUGUUGUACGACCGCGGCAUCCUGAAUCCUCGCCCCCCACAAGCUACCGCAGAGCUGAGGGAGUAUCUAAAAAGCGAGGGGUUGAAGGGGCCUUGCGUGCUUGUUGCACAUUCGUAUGGCGGCGCGUUUGCGCGGACGUUCUUGGAGCUGGAGGCAGAGAAAGACAAUGGGGUUGACGGCAAUGUGGAAAUCGUGGGCAUGGUGCUCGUGGAAACAGGCCAAGAAGGCGGUCUCGAUCCCGAGAUAGAAGAAAGUCAAUACGCGCUCCGGGUCUUAGGCACGAGGCCCCUGAGCGUGGUUCGUGGGAACUCGCUGCUGAGGCAAUGGGCGGAUCUGGAGGCUGCAGAGGCGAGUGUGUCCGUGAAAGACGGGAUGAAGAAGGAGGAUCUAAGACAGAGGCGGGAGAUGCUGAAGAUGUAUGAUGGGGUGGAUGAGCAGAUGAAGAAGAAGCAGUUAGACCUUGCUGCGGUGAACGCGAAGAAGAGGUACGUGCAUAUACCGGAUUGCGGACACCAUGUUGUGAGAGAUCGCCCGGACGUGGUGGCCGGUGAGAUCGCGUGGGUGUUGGACAAUGUGGGCAAAGUGGAUAAUACCGAUGGAGUGGUAGGAAAAGAUAAACGGGAGGAUAGGAAUAAGGGUAAAGGGGGAGGGAGAACCUGGGAGACGAAAAUUAAGAGGAUAUGGAAGUUCUGUAGAGAUGUUACGGGAAGGCUACUUAAUAAGUUGGGAAAAUGAGUUAUUGCUGUUUGAGGGAUACCACCGCGUUACUAAAGUUAUAAGUAAUAUAAUAUGUAUGUAGUUCAUAGACGAUGCUUAGUGUGUUUAAGAUUAGGGGUCUCGAUAUGUUUAAGUUGUGGGCAUGUUCACUUUUUAAACACGGCACUAAUAGAGUAUAUAAAGUAGCAUUGGCUUGUUUGGAGACUCCAUGAAAGGUAUCUAACCGUCGGCUCAUUUCGGAGGAGGUAAUUGAUACU